AUGCCUCCUAAAAGGGCCCGUAACUCGGGAUCGGGCAUCUCUGUUAAUGCAACGACAUUAACCCUAACGCCAUCCCGUCGCUCGCCCCGUUCUCCGAAACUUGAAGCGCCGAGCCCUAGUUUAAAUAACAUUUCUCAUUCAAACAAACAUACCUUUUCCUCCUCUCCAUCUUCAGAAGAUAUCCGUCUCUACUAUCCGAAGACCCCACCUUCGACCAAGUCUGUAAAAACGACAUCUUCUUCGCCUGAUCUACCAUCCACCCAUCGCCGCAAGUUUCAAGCUCGUCCUUCUCGUCUUUCAACAGUGUACACUCCAGUAGUGGACACACCAAACUCCUCUGGCGAAGUGAGUCGACAAUCUCGACGUGUGACUGCUCUCAAUACCCCACAAGAUCCGCUGUCCGACCACGAAGUCCCUGACAGUAUUGGAUCAACAGGUUGGACCUUUGAUCAAUACAUGAGUGGAUACGACACAGCGAUGGAUCCGACUUCUCCCUCUGCCGCUUCUUCGAAGACUACCCGCUCUUCAGCUCGUCUCCGAAAGCCCACAUCUCGGGCCGUGGAAGCCUCUCUUGAGCCGAAGAAGCAAACCCGCCGCGGGCUCGUCACACCCGCAACCACCACCAACACCACCAAGGAGGAGACUAGUGAGUCAUCCACCGGUCAGGCCCAAGAGCCAGCAAAGGCCACCACCCAGAAGGCCUCAAAGGGUAAGAAGGGCACCAACAAAAAGGCCUCGAAGGUCCAGGCUGCUCCCAAAGACAUGGAUAUCGAUAUUGAAGCCGCAGGCCUUUUGCUUUACCAGGUUGCGGUAGAGGCCCUGGGCCCUGAUUUUGUCCUUCCUGCCGAUCCUGAAUGGGAGUUGAAUAAUGCCCGAUUCAACUACUUCCAGAGCAAGACUGGCGCUCAGCGUAUCCGGGAGGCCACACCCCAAAACGACGACGACCAACACCCAGACCUGUACGACAGCGAGGCCGACACAGGCGUCUGCAAGUUUAAGAAAACUUCAGAGCCUUCUGUCGCGCCUGACGGCUAUCUGCAGCUAGGUGUCGUGAACAGAAACGGCGAAGAGGUGUUCAUUCACCCGGCGGCGUGCAGCCCUUACUGGAUGCCCCGCACAUAUGGCGAUGAGAGCCUUCCAUACCCUCCCGUCCGCGUCCGAUCCUCUGAGCAGCAGCUGAAGGAUACCACCCUCGGCUUCCCGCCUCUGAUUGGCGAUCGAAACACCCCCUUCGACGUUCAGUCCCAGUUCGUCGCUGAAGCUCUUACGGCAGAGGAGCAAGCGCGUGUCCAUGCUCGUGAUGAGCUUCGCCAGAACGCAGCUGCCGCCAUCCCUGAUGCGCCCGAGCCACGAAAGGCGAGGGCAAAGCGCCGACAGAGCGCUCCGGCUACCGAGGUCGACGAGCCAAAGCCCAAGCGCCGUCGUGGAGGUACGCGGGCUUCGAUGCCCAGCGCCAGCGCGGACAACAGCACAGGUCACAGUGCUACUUCCCCCAACACCAACAAGCCAAGGGGUCAGAGAAAGACCCCAGCACCCAAGCCUACAAAGGCAAUGGCGAAGAAGGCCGGAUCUGGGUCAGAGGCCGCUCGAAAAACCGCUUCAAAUGAAGCCCAGGCCGCUGGUGACGAUGUUCAGCGCCCUAUUAUCCGCUUGAAGCUCAGUGCACCCAAGCCUGAAGUGCGAGGGUCCACUGAGUCAAGUAGCCAGCAGUCGGCGGAGACACCUCGCGUUGCUUCUGACGCUGAGGAAGUGUCUACCCCGGCCGGUCGAAAGCGUGCGACACCAGCUGCUAAAAUGUCGACACCGAGAGGCUCCAGCCGAACUCGUGGUCGAGACCGUGGCUGA